CGGGCGGCGGUGACUGUGCACGGAGAUCGGAGCGGGCAGCGCAGCCGUGCCCGCCCCGCCAGCAUGGCCACCACCGCCCCCUGCACCCGCUUCACCGACGACUACCAGCUCUACGAAGAGCUCGGCAAGGGCGCUUUCUCUGUGGUCCGAAGAUGUGUCAAGAAAACCUCCACUCAGGAGUAUGCAGCAAAAAUCAUUAACACCAAGAAGCUCUCAGCCCGAGAUCACCAGAAGUUAGAAAGGGAGGCUCGAAUAUGCCGGCUCUUGAAACACCCAAACAUUGUGCGCCUCCAUGACAGUAUUUCUGAAGAAGGGUUCCACUACCUCGUCUUUGACCUCGUUACCGGCGGGGAACUGUUUGAAGACAUUGUAGCCAGAGAGUACUACAGUGAAGCAGAUGCCAGCCACUGUAUUCAUCAGAUCCUAGAGAGCGUCAACCACAUCCACCAGCAUGACAUCGUGCAUCGUGACCUCAAGCCUGAGAACCUUCUGCUGGCAAGUAAAUGCAAGGGUGCUGCUGUCAAACUGGCUGACUUUGGACUAGCCAUCGAGGUGCAGGGAGAUCAGCAGGCUUGGUUCGGCUUUGCUGGGACGCCAGGGUAUCUGUCCCCUGAAGUCUUGAGGAAAGAUCCUUAUGGAAAACCCGUGGACAUCUGGGCCUGUGGGGUGAUCUUGUACAUCCUCCUGGUGGGAUACCCUCCCUUCUGGGAUGAGGAUCAACACAAACUCUAUCAGCAGAUCAAAGCUGGAGCAUAUGACUUUCCAUCACCAGAGUGGGACACCGUGACUCCUGAAGCAAAGAACUUAAUUAACCAGAUGCUGACAAUAAACCCUGCCAAGCGGAUCACGGCCGACCAAGCACUGAAGCACCCAUGGGUCUGCCAACGUUCUACAGUGGCCUCCAUGAUGCACCGGCAGGAGACCGUGGAAUGCUUGCGAAAGUUCAAUGCCCGGAGAAAGCUGAAGGGUGCCAUCCUCACAACAAUGUUGGUUUCCAGGAAUUUUUCAGUUGGCAGGCAGAGCUCCGCCCCAGCCUUGGCCGCCGUGAGCGCCGCCGGCCUGGCCGGGCAAGCUGCCAAAAGCCUGUUGAACAAGAAGGCAGAUGGAGGUGUGAAGAAAAGGAAGUCGAGUUCCAGCGUGCACCUGAUGCCCAGGAGCAACAACAAAAACAGUCUCGUAAGCCCAGUCCAAGAGCCUGCGCCAUUGCAGACGGCCAUGGAACCCCAAACUACCGUGGUACACAAUGCAACAGACGGAGUCAAGGGCUCCACGGAAAGUUGUAACACCAAUACUGAAGAUGAAGACCUCAAAGUUGCCCAGCUCCGCACUGGGGAUCGCAGCAGCUUGGGGUCUGAUGGACGGAGCCCCCGGGACAGAACAGCCCCCACAGCAGGCAUGCAGCCCCAGCCUUCUCUCUGCUCCUCAGCCAUUCGAAAACAAGAAAUCAUUAAGAUCACGGAGCAGCUGAUUGAAGCCAUCAAUAAUGGGGAUUUUGAUGCCUACACGAAGAUCUGUGAUCCAGGCCUCACCUCAUUCGAGCCUGAGGCACUCGGCAACCUGGUGGAGGGGAUGGACUUCCAUAAAUUUUACUUUGAGAAUCUACUAUCUAAGAACAGCAAGCCCAUCCACACAACCAUCCUGAAUCCCCACGUGCAUGUCAUUGGUGAAGACGCAGCCUGCAUCGCCUACAUACGCCUUACCCAGUACAUUGAUGGCCAGGGCCGGCCUCGUACUAGCCAGUCUGAGGAGACCCGAGUCUGGCACCGCCGUGACGGCAAAUGGCUCAAUGUGCACUACCACUGUUCGGGGGCCCCUGCCGCCCCGCUGCAGUGAGCUCUCCCACAGCGAUGUUAGGAGAUUCCCAGCCAGAGGUCGAACCUUCGCAGCCAGCGGCUCUGGAGGGCCUGAGUGACAGCGGCAGUCAUGUUCGUUUGAGGUUUAAAAAAACAAUUAAAAUUACAAAGCGGCAGCAACCAAUGCACGCCCCUGCAUGCAGCCCGCCCGCCCAUCGUGUCUGUCUCUGCUGUACCGAGGUGUUUUUUACAUUUAAAAAAAAAAAAAGAAAAAGAAAAAAAGAUUGUUUAAAAAAAAAAAGGAAUCCAUACAGCUGAUCAUGAUUUAAAACCACCUGCAGCCCCUCCCUGGGCUGGCAAGAGGGCAGGAGUUUUGAGCAUCAGGCUCCUCUACCUGGCAGUGAGUAAGCCCAGGCUUUACCAACCCCCAUGGACUCUUGGGGGACUGGGGCCCGGGCAGGAACUCUUGACCCUGACCCUGCUCCAGGCCACAAAAGCGACUGUGUGUGGGGUCAUCUGGAUCUCUGCGGCCCCCGAGGUGGCUUGCCCAGCCCUGGGUCCUGGGAAUGGACUUCUUCAGAGUGUGCACGUGAGCCCAGAGGGAAGGCCAGACCAGUGACAGGUCAUGAGAUGGCUAAUGCUUGGAGCUUAUUUUUCCCUUCCCAGGGGGAAGAUGGCAUCCUCCCCAGGCAGCUACCAUUGCAAAGGCAGCACUGAAAAGCAGCGGUUCCAAGAUGGUGGGCUUGCGGCUGGGAUUUUACUGUACUGUUCACUUAGCGUAGCCGGGAGACUUGGUGCUGCAGAAAUGUGUCCUCUAGGAAGCAGGCAGAAACCUGGCGUUAGUAUGACAUGUACUCCCUCAUCCAUCUAUUUCUAUAGGAUGCACAACCAAGCAUGGGUCUGGGUACCAAGGCCUGGACCCCCAGCCGGGAAGGGCUAGGGGCUGCCGCUUUGCUUGUUGUUUGUUCUAGUAUGACUUGGCCAGGAUGGAGCCCUGCUACUCCCCCUGUAGCCUUGGGCAGUUCUGUUUCUGUGCCGAUUUUAGUUGUCUUUGUCUUGCUUUUUUUUUUUUUUUUCAUGGUGAUGGCCCCAAUUCCAAACCUCAUCUGGGCCUGGGGCCACUACUGAGUGCCCUAAUGGGAAUGGGUGACUUUGGGACUGUCCAUCUUGCUUUCUCUCUGGAGUUGGCUUGUCUAACUCUUGCCUAGGUGUCCCUACUUCAAGAGGCCUCUCUACUGACCAACAGAGGCUGAGAAUUGCUGCUGGAGAGUCUGCAUGGGCCUUCACCUUCCUCUACCCUGCAUGCACCCCAAAAAAGGAGGUGCCCAGGGCCAUGGCUCCCCUCAAAUCAAUUUUCCUUCCUAUUCCCAGGGGGUUCUACUGCCACUAGGGAGGGAAUUGCACCUCAGGCAGGAAGAAGGCAAGGUGCUUGAGGACAAAUUAGGUCAUGUGCCAGGGUCCUCUGCACAAAUACCGACCUACCUGCACCUUUCCAGGGAAGGGGGACAGGCCCCAGAGCCCCUGGAGUGCCUUCAGAGUAUGAAGCUAUAGUGAUUGGGGGCAGGAGAGGAGUUGAGUUCCCCAAAGGGCCAGGUGUGAGAGCUUGGGUUGGGUUUAGGCAGACUCCGUGGAGCACAGUGUGCAUGCCCACCCUCUGGGCCCCAGGCCCCCUUUCCUUUCCUGCAUUCUGCAUUGCCAGCACGCAGACAACUUCACAACAUGGUUUGGUUUUGCAGUCUUUGAGACAAAUGGUCUUUGAAACCCAUAGCUUGAUAUUGGCUGCUCCAGCCCCACCUCUCCUUAGCAUUCUUACUCUCCUCUUCUGGGGCUAACGUCAGCAUCUAUAGAAUUUAGAUUAUUAAAAAAAAAAAAAUCACCUUUUAAACAGGAAAUGGAAGGCAUUUGAUGCAGAAUUUUUGCAUGAUGACAUAGAAUAAUUUAAAAACUAGCUAGUGUUUGUUCUGAAUGUUGGUAGACCCUUCAUAGCUUUGUUACAACAAAACCUUGAACUAAAGAUAUUUAAUAAAAUAACAUUUAAACAGUC